AUGCUUCGUUUGAAAGGAUUCGAUCGCCUUUUGCAGAUUUUGCCGCUUACUCGAAAGUCAGCUAGCGUUCGGCCAUUAGAUGUUACUCGAUCAAUUGCUACGACAACUCGCUUCCAGACAGUGAAGAAUGGAAACGACACAAAGGCAACGGACAAGAAGAAACCCGACGGUGUCACUGGAUCGACGAAAAAUGCUUUGAAAGUUCCUCUACACGCUCCAUCCAUUUCAACCGCUGACGUUGUAACACCCAAAGAUCAACAAGAAUGGAAUCGACACAAAGGCAACGGACAAGAAAAGAAACAAGCUGCCGAAAGUUGCACCGCUCCUAAAUCGAAGAUGUCAAAGAGUGAGCUCCACAAAGCGAGUUCCUCAAAGUCAGUGCCGCCUUCCGAACAACCAGCACAGAAGUCAUCAAAAGCUACCGCACCUUCGAUUACACCACAUGAAGAUGCCAAAGCAUCCUCGAAGAAAGUCAAAAAGACAAAGGACAAAGUGGAUGAAGCGAUCAAGUCGUACAAGGAUAAGAAAAUUUCUGAAGGAUCGGAGAAGCCCAGCAAAAAAGGAUCACAAAAAUCGACCAAGGACAAGGGAAAGAAAAAUGCUGAAUCGCAGCCAUCCAAAGAAUCGAAAAAGAGCGGCAAGCCAAAGAAGUCCAAAAUGCGCAACGAGCAUGCACCAAAGGAAGAGAAG